AUGGUUGAGGCUAUUCAGAUGGUUCCGGUGAUUCAGAACGUUCAGGUGAUUCAGAACGUUCAGGUGAUUCAGAACGUUCAGGUGAUUCAGAUGGUUCAUGUGAUUCAAAUGGUUCAGGUGAUUGAGAUGGCUCAUGUGAUUCAGAUGGUUCAGGUGAUUCAGGCGGUUCAGGCGAUUCAGGUGGUUCAGCAGGUUCAGCUCAUGCAUGCAGGUGUCAGACUGGCCAGCGCCAUGUGCUACCACAUGCGUCUGUUCGGCAUGACGUUGGAUCGACAAGACCUCAUGGACCAUGCUCCCAUCCUCGCCCAAGCUGCUGCUGCUGCUGCUGCUGCUACUGAAACUGCUGCUGCCACUGCUGGUUCAGCAGCAGCUGUCAUUACGACCGACGCUGUUGAUGCCGCUGCUGCUGGUGAGCACACGCCCAUCACCGCUGUGCGCCCCUUUGGAGCCUUCUGGACCGCAUCCCACUACUGUCUCGUGCUACCCUGCUUGGUCGAAGGAGGAAAGGAAGGAAGGGAGGGAGAAAGCGAAAGAGGAGGAGGAGAAAGAGGGACAGCAGCAGACUGGCGAGGGGCAGCUGAGGGAGGGGAGGAAGGGAGCGGGGCGAAUGCAGGCAGGGAAGGCGAAGGGGUGGAUGCAGGGGAUCGUGGGGGAGGGGAUGAUGGCAUGGGCAGGGGAGGGGAUGAUGAUGAUAUGAUGCGCGUGUUGUUGGGGAGGAUUGACUGGGAGACGGUGGAUAGGGUGGUGUCUCUGGGAGGCCGUAGUGCCGCUUCUCAUGGCUGUGCUCGUGAUGCUCCUGGUGCUGCUGCUGCUGCCGCUGAUGGUAUUGGUGCUAAUGCUGUUGCUGUUGAUACCAGUGCUGUUGCUGCUGUUGAUACCAAUGCUGUUGGUGUUGUUGAUACCAAUGCUGUUGCUGCUGCUGAUACCAAUGCUGCUGCUGCCACUGAUACCAAGGCUGCUACUGCUGCUGAUACCAAUGCUGUUGCUGCUGAUGGUGACAGUGGUGGUGGUGGUGCCAGCACGCCCCUGCUCAUGACAGCUCGCGGGCCUGUGGAGUUGCAUGACCUGCGUGGCAUGGCAGCAUACGCGGAUGCUGCUGUUCCAAACAACGCCCCUGUUACUGCUGCGACCACACCCCUGCUUAUGCCUGCUCGUGCCACUGCCAGCACGCCCCUGCUCAUGACAGCUCGCGGGCCUGUGCAGGAGCAUGACCUGCACGGCAUGGCAGCAUACGCGGUGCAUUCGCAUCUGCUGUACCAGCUGGUGGGGAGGGACCCUGAAGGGAGAACAGCACGGAGUGAGUUCAAGGGGCUGCAUAUAGGCACGUUCCAACAGCACUUGCAGAACCAGUAUGGCAUAUCGCUGCAUUACCCCGACCAACGUCUGUACAACAUAUUGCUGCAGCACCCUGACCAGCCUCUGUUUGCUGUGUGCCAGUUGAAGCCAGAGCUGCACAACGCACUGCUGCUGCGGCAGGCACCAAAAUGUAACCCGUUUGUCUGUGCUUGUGUGUGCCGGCAGGUCCCCCUUGCACCACCCUCCCUCCCUCCUCUCCCUUCCAUCACCGCCUUGCAUCGCCCCCAUGACAUCACCCGUCCCUCACUACUGGUACCGGUGUUUCCGAUGCAGCACGUGCUCUUUGCCUCGCUGCUCCCCUCGCUGUUCUACCACCUUGACUGCCUGCUCACUGACCGGGAUAUCUGGCGAUUCAUUCUCCUGCGCGCCCUGGGAUGCCCUGGCGUGGGCACCUACGAGAAUGACGAGAUUCUCGGUGACAGCUCAUACGCUGAGAGCAUUGCCGCGAUGCAAUCACAUGCGCCACACAGCGAGUCGUCCCUGCCACCAGUCUCCAAGAGACGGCCAGCUGGGCCGUCAUACGUUCACUUGAGACGGCACUGCGUGAAGCUGGUGUCAAACAAGCACCUGGCAGCGCGGGCAGUUAAAGCCGGAGUGCCCGCCCUCGUUCGCUGCAAGCCCUUCACACCCACGGAUUGGAUCGGCCCCCUAGUCCCUCCCACGCACGCUGUGCUGCUUCUGGCUGACUCCCUCUCUCACUCGCUCCUCCAACCACACUCCCCCUCACACUCUCGAGCUACCGCAUCUUCCCAGAACCCUUCUCCUAGCCCCAAAGCCCUUCUGGACUCCGCCUUUGCCUCGUUGGCAGUGGCACAGCCAGCAGCCAAGUCAGCGAGCCGUUCAGCCAAAAAAAGGCUGGCUGACGUGGCAGAGGCCUUGGUGGGCGCCAGCUGGCGGUGCGGCGGCGCUGACAUGGCGCUGCCGGUGCUGAGGUGGCUGGGCCUGCCUACGGAGGGCGUGGGGGAACUGUUGAGGGGAGAGACGGGGUGGAGGGGGAGAGAGGCGGAGGGGGUGGCAAAGAGAGGGGUGCUGGGCGUUGCAGCAAACCCAGAUAUGGCGCUGGACGUGCCAUCAGAGGGCGUGGGAGAGCUGCUGAGGGGAGAGAUGGGGUGGAGGGGGAGAGAGGUGCUGAGGGGAGAGAUGGGGUGGAGGGGGAGAGAGGUGCUGAGGGGAGAGAUGGGGUGGAGGGGGAGAGAGGUGGGGAGAGAUGGGGUGGAGGGGGAGAGAGGUGCUGAGGGGAGAGAUGGGGUGGAGGGGGAGAGAGCAGCUGGCUGGCUGCUGGAGCUUCAGAAUGCGAUGGGGUAUCGAUUCAGAAAUGAGGGGAUACUGAAAGUGGCGAUUCGGGAGGAGGGGUUGAAGUGGCAGAGACGGUUUGUGUUCCUGGGGGAAGCUGUGCUGGACUUUCUUCUCAUGCACCACAUGGUGCAAGCAACAUCUGUGACGGCCCAUUCUCCUGCCGCCACGUCACCACAUGCCACGUCAUUGCACGCUGCCAUGCCUUCGCACGUUGCCACGUCAGCGCACGCCACCCGGCCGUCCCCGCACCAGCUGACGAACCUGCGCAUGGUUGUGAACAACAUGAAGCGGUUUUGCCAGCUGGCGGCGUGCCGUGGGCUGCUGCGAUUGGUGCGCAAGAUACAGCGGGCGGCGAAGGCUGCUGCUGCCGAUGCAGCUGAGUUGGCACAUGUGGCUGCUUGGGAAUCGGGAAGGGAGGAGGAGGGGAAGGAGAAGGAGAAGGAUGGGGAGGAGGAGGGGAAGGAGAAGGAGAAGGAUGGGGAGGAGGACGGGAAGGAGGAAGUGAACUUCAGUAGAGAAGGCAGGGUUGGAUCACAGAGGAUGUUACAGCAGGCUGUAAUCAAGAGAGGGGAGGCCGUGGGGAGAGGGGAGGACGUGGGGAGAGGGGAGGACGUGGGGAGAGGGGAGGACGUGGGGAGAGGGCAAAUGGGCAAUGGUGAUGACAUUGAUGAUGAACAGAAGCCGUUCCGCAAGGUAACGCCGUGUAACCAUAUGAGCAAGCAGGUAAUUAUGUAA